GGGGAAGAAGCCAGCAUGUAGAGGUCGGCGACGACGACGGUGGUGGAAGUGCAGUUAGAAGCAAGCAGCAGCAGGAUUGAGCGAUAGAGGCGGUGGUGUUAGUAGUGGCGGCGGAAGAAGCAGCAGUAGUAGUAGUAGUAGCACUGGCGGUGGUGGUUAGCAGGGUAUUAUAAAACCCGAAGCUGGUUUACCCAUCCCGAAGUUAGAUAGUUAACAUUUUCAAUCGGGUGCACCGCUUACUUGGAGGACGAGGAAAAAGAACAACACCAGAAGUUUCGCAUUUAUAUUUUAUUAUAUAUUAUUAUUAACUAAUUAAUUGGGGGUUUAAAAAAGUGGGGAAAACACCCUCAUUUAAUGUAGAUAGAUUUGUAUAUUUUUUCUGUUCUGAUUUUUCUUUUUCUCCUCUCUCUGUCGCUCUUUCUUUUUCUGUUUAUUCUUCUGGGAGUGAUUUCUGUGGUGGUUUGUGAUUAAGGAAUUUUAACUGAAAGAACUUAAAAAAAAAAAAGUCUCUCAGAAGUAGCAAUAAUAGACGAGAGAUACUCUCUCUGUGAGAGACCAGCUUACUCUAUAGUUUUAAUAUUCUGUGUAAAACUAAACACACAGCAUUACACAUACUGACACACUAAAAACACGGAUCACAGCUCUAUUUACUACAACACACACAUAGACACACACACACGCACAUACACUUAUAUACACAUAAACAUCUGACCAACAUACGACGGUAAUAAUAACUAAUAAUAAUCAUAAACAGCAGCAGAAACGUAGAGACAGAGAAAAAAAGACUCUUAAAGAAAGAAGAAAAAAAAAACAAGAAAGGAUGGAAUUUCCUCAUCUGGGUGCUAAUUGUGGUGAAUCUACCUGUAAAAUGCUGGAUUUUUUGCCAAUGAAGUGUGAUGCUUGUUCUCAAGUAUUUUGCCGUGAUCAUAUUCAGUAUGCAACACACAAAUGUCCAGAAUCAUACAAAAAGGACAACCAAGUUCCAGUCUGUCCCUUAUGCAAUACGCCAAUUGGCUUAAAGAAAGGAGAACUUCCAGAUGUUGUGAUUGGCCAUCAUAUAGACAAUGAUUGUCAGUCAGAUCCUGCCAGACAACGCCGAAAGAUUUAUGUAAAUAAAUGUUCAUUUAAAGGAUGUAAACAGAAAGAGAUGGUUCCCGUAAGAUGUGACCGCUGUCAGAAAAAUUAUUGUCUGAAACACCGCCAUGAACAGGACCACAAAUGUACCAGUCUCCAAGAUUCUGGUAAACCAAUGUCACGGUCAGGGGCAGCUGCAGCAGCAAGAGCACAUAUAUCUGAUGGACCAUUUCGCACAAAUUCUCCACGACAGACGAAAAUCUCAGAAAGCUUCAGAAAUGGCGGGAGUGGUUCUCGCCAAGCCAAUGCUUCAGCCAUCCAAGGUCAAAUGUCUGAAGAUGAAGCUCUUGCUAAAGCUUUACAACUUUCCCUGUCAGAAAACCAACACACAACAUCACUUUCCAAUAAAAAUAUGACAAAACAAGAAGAAGAAGACUUCCAGCUUGCACAAGCCAUAGCAGCAAGUCAAGAAGAAAAUUCUGGAACUAGAAAUACCCAAGCAACUCAGCCAGUUCUCACGCGUUCUCGAUCUCGCGACCCAAAGUCAUGUACCAUCUCCUGACGCAGGCUGUUAUUUUUUUUUAAUGUUAUUUGAUUUUUUUUUGUGUGAGUGGAGAGAGAGAAAAAAUAUUUUCUUUCUUUUUUUUUCACCUCGCCAUUCCACCGCCAUCACCACAAACUUCUUGUGUGCUAUUCCACUCCUUUCGGGGUACUUUUUUUUUUUUGUUAAAAAAACUAUAAAAAAAAAAAAAAUUUUUAAAAUGUUCUUUGGAUCAUUUCGCUCCACUCCAAUCUAGUUAUUGCCAUGGGGAGUUGAUGGCGAACUGUUGAGCUCCUUGAUUAAAAAAAUAAUAAAAAAGAUUAAGUAAAAUAAAAUAAAGAAUUAAAAAAUUAAAAAACAAAAGCAGUGCUAUGACGGUUUAAAAUUUUUUUUUUAUUUAAAUUAUAUUUCAGUUAAUUACUUUCAUUCCAAGACAAUUUACCAUUCUUAUGAAAAUUAAGAUGCAAAAUAUAACCAAAAAGAAAAAACAAAAAAUAAAAAAUCAACAACAACAAUAACAAAUACAAAA